AAUUCAACAGGCAGAGUCGACAUCGCACUUAGAGCCAGCUAUCGACAUGGUUCUCGCGAUGAAGGCAUCCCUGGGCCUGGCCGUCCGCCCAACCACUGCUCGCGCAGGUUUCUUUGGUAGCCGUGCACCUCUGGCUGUCGCCCCUCGCAUCAGGAGUGCUGCCCCUGCACGCAAUGUCACGAUCUGCGCAGGCCAGGAGUACCCCUCAAACUGGCUCAACAAGGACCCCCUGGUCUUUGUGCUGGGCUUCCUGGGAUGGACCAUCCCCGCUAACAUCGGCGUCUCUGCGUUUGGAGGCAACUCCCUCUUCGGUUCCUUCACACAGAGCAUCGGCGAGAACCUUGCCAGGUUCCCCCAGGGACCGCCCAUCCAGGACAAAUUCUGGUUGCUGCUCGUGACAUACCAUGUUGGUCUCUUCCUGACCCUCCUCCUCGGACAGAUUGGCGUCCAGGGCAGGAAGCAGGGUUACUGGUAGACAGCAUCUUGUCUGGAUUGUGUUGGAAUUGAGAGGUUGAAACCGGGUCAACCAACAAGUGUGGCUGAGAGCAAAAAGGCUACCAAGAUCCCGUGACUGAUACAUAUUGGUGUCAGCAGUACACAAGUUGUGAGCUGGCAUCAGCAAAUUGUUGUGGCUGUGCCAUACUGAGAAGAAAAUAAAGUAGUGUCUGUAAAGCGAGCUUUGAAGUAUAAA